GGAAGGGGUAUGAUAUGUGAUGGGCCCAUACGACGACCCCCACAUUCGCGACAUUCUCUUACCAUAUGCACGUGCACAUCUUACCACCGACUAUGUCGAAUACACGGAACAGGGAGUGGAGCAGAUCCUGCUCGAGACGCUGGCCUCCGUGCCAUUGGCAGACGCCACGUCUUUCUUACUCCCUACAGACCCGUUCGAGGCGCUCGCCAAACACUUGGACUCGCUCGACCUUACACCGUAUCAAGAACGAUGGUCUGUCCCACAAGGCGCAAUCGAACUCAUUAGAGAUGUCUUUCCGCCACUCGCCGAACUCAGGUCCGAGAAAUGCUGUCUCGAACUACAGAAUGAUCCUUACGACAAACUUUCCGAGUUGUAUAGACCAAUGUCGCCCGUGCUAACUCAGCGAGCGAGACGCGAAACGCCCAAACUUGGUUGCACAGGAGUCCUGGCCUCUAUCCCACGGACUAGGUCGUCCCUGCAGGGUCAUCUGAUCCUAAAACCCGUCCCCGACGAGGUGAUCACAGAGCUUCCUACUCCGGAUAUAAAUGACGUCUUGGACGUUCGGUACAAGAUGGAUGCAGCAACACAGGCGAACGUCCGGUUUUUGUUACAAGCAAUAUCCAAGCCUCACGAAAACGCGUCAGACGGACUGCACGUUGCCAACUUCUUGAGGUCCGAGUCACCAACCCGCCAGAUUUCUCUCUUAGAUUCGCCUCCGCUCUUUCCGCGCGACAGUGGAACGGACAACCAGUUAACACGGAAACACGGGAACAUCUUACCUACACUUGAGCACGCAGCAGAACAAGUCAUCGAAGAGGAGGAAGGCGGUCUGCAUGGACAGCACAUGGAGGUGGUGAACGGAUGGUGUGCAUACGUCGUUUCCUCGCCACCGUCCUACCACUCGGAUUCAUCGUCAAAUAACGACGUGGACGAGUUAUGGGACAUGUCACCACCACAAUCACCACCCACCUCGUUGGCUGCUGAAAAGAUGGAAGAGAUCGAAAUACCCAGGACUAGGAUAUUUGGGCGUGGAAACGAAAGCCAUAGAAAUGCGAUAGCUGAUGUCGUUGGAAAGAGCGCUGGGUCUUUCAUUACAUCAGUCAUCUCAUCUACUCGCGUCCCGGCGGCGAAGACCUACAGGGCCUCCCCUCUCAGUCCCGCCAAUUCGAUGCUCGGGCAACCUCCAUCAACCACCACAGGGCACGAUCACAUCGUGGAUGUAAAGGUACCUCCCGUCAUCGACGCAGUUGCAGACGUAGAUUCGGAAGCGGACCUCGACGCCACCCUAACGAAGAUCUGCGCGUUGCCUCGUGACUCAGUAGCUUAUAUUUUGGAGGAGAGACUGGACGAAAAAGAUGUAUUGUUGAUGGAUGUGCCAACUCUCCGGCCACCUACGAAACGUCCAGGAACGCUCUUUCCACAACGGAUGGCGAACCUGCUGGCGUCAGAGAGGGGAUCUAAAGUAGUCACUGGUGCCGUGGAAGAAAAGACCGCCGGCAUGCCGCCAUUUUUGGAUCCUGUGAAGGGAUUAAAGGCCUUGUCACUUAAUCUAUCAUGGGUGCCGUUUAAAUUCGGACGAUCGAUCCCUACAGACGAAGAAGUUGCACGGGUCGAUGGCACGUUAGAUGUGGUCGACGCCGGUACAACAGGUGCUAUCCAUGCUGUGAAUGACCGAGAAGACGGGGUGGGCGCAGCCAAUGUUUUACGGGGAUUCGAAGGGUUGGGUGCGAGCCCUACUCCAAUGUGCAGACAAUCUAAAGACGAAGAAGUCGAGUACGUGCUUUCUCGGUGGGAGAGGGAUAGGAUUGCAGGGGGUGAGCCGGAUAAAGAGGUCCGGAGUGAGGAUAGGGAAACAGAUGGCAAAAAAGACGAAAGGGCGGAGAUGAAUCAGUGUAACGAGGAGCUCGAUGAACCCCAAGCCGUGGAAGACAGCGAUGUGAAUCCAUGCCUUGACGCAGACCAACGUCCUGAAUGCGCGGCACCUCGAGUCACAACUGCGAAUGCGGGUGGUAUCAGAUGCAUUGAGGGACCAUUCAGUGACGAUCCGUCGUCCUACGAUGUGGGGUAUGGAGAUCAUUGCUGGGGCGAAACGGACGACGCUGACAUGGAAAACAUCAAUCCCUUCGGUGGUGUCCACGGAGACGGGACCACGCACGGCACUGAGUUCCACCCGCAGUUCUUGUCCCAGUCACCCCCGGGCACGCCUCAUCCGGAAGGACCGAUGGAUUCCGUCGGAUUCGUUUUUCACGCUCCUGAGAAUGUUAUGCACAGUUUCGUGGAAGAACGGCAACAUGUUGGUGGUACAAAUCCAGAAAACCGAUCUUCCAAUCAUAUGCCAGGAAUUUCUCGCGACGAGAUCAAUUCGGCCCGUGCUACAAAACGACGUAAACUUGACCGCCUCGUCCCUACCUCUGCAAGAGACCUCUUCGCGACAUUCAUCGGACUUCGUAAUAAGGGUAUCGUACCCCUACCUACGUCGUCGCCAGAUCGUCCCGAGACACCACACAUGCAAGCCCCGCUAGUUCUCGCAGAAUCACCACCGCGGACGGCUCCCGACGAGGUCAUCAAUCAAAACACGGUUCUACUCCCACCACACUGGAUCGAUGCGACGACAACCCAUCGAUACAUGGCAUCUUUAUCCAUGAUUCAAAGACGCGCCAUCGUUCAGGAAUUACAGGGCGAUGCGUGUAGAGUGAUUCUAGUCGAACGGUAUUCCCUCGAGGGGGGCGACAUCAUCGUCGAUCCGGGCCGGGCAAUUAUUUUUGCGCCCUUGUUUGCCCUGCCUGCGCAGAUUGAGGUACUCGCAGAGAGGAUAUCGGGGGAGUCAUGGCGGUAUGAUGAGAUUCUUGUCGUGUUCGAGGCAUAUCCGAGUGCAAGAAGCUACCGAGCGAAUGAUAAGAGUGGAGAUCGAGGUGGCUUGGGGCUGAACGCGUAUACUCCUCCGAUCCUCAAAGCGAUUAGAAGGUUGAGAAGGAUUGUGAGUAUCGCGGAGGGGUGCAGGACAAAGGAUAACAAGUGUUCGGUUAUAUGGGCGUUUGCAAAUACAAUCGAAGAAGCUGCGAGGGUGGUAAGAUGUUUCGGUGAGGAAGCCUGUGCGAGGGCUGUACAAGGGGGAGCAGACGUGCUGUGGGGAGAAAGGGAGUGGCUGGAAGAAGAGGAAAUGGAAGGCGAAGCAGAUCUUGCGGAGGCGGAUGGUAUGAAUGCCUUUGCAGCAUUUGUAAUGUUGUAUGGGAGGACGUUGGAAGAUGUGCUUGAUAUGUCGCCCGAGAGCAGGGCGGAGGAAUUUGCGGCGUUGGUAGGGCAGAAGCGUGUGGAGAGGCUGAAUAGGACGCUAGGGCAGCGAAUGUUGGAGCUGGGAUCUGAGAUCUGA